AUUAUUAAGACACCAAGCGGGCCGUUAGGUCGUGGAUGUGCUGCACGAGUGCCCAUUCUCCAGAGGACAGAAAUGUGCCUGUCGAUUGGCGAGACGAUGGUUGUGGCCCUUCUCUUGCAUCACAUGGACCUUCAAUUGUAACAAUUGAAGAGCUAGCAGACGAUGUUACGCAACAGCUUCCACCAAGUCAUGCCCAGGCCAUGGUGGAUGAUGAAAUUCCCAGUACAGCAUCAUCCGUUUUUAGAACUGUUGGGGAGCAUUCAGGAGCGCGGAUAUAUGCAGCAGCAAAUAUGAAUCCCGAUUUCAACCCUAAUGCUCCUCGUACUGCAGAAGUUCCAGUAAUGAGUAAUGAGGAUGGCCUAGACAUAGAGGAAGAGAUGCUCCGAGCAGCCAUCGAGGCUUCUCGGCGUGAAGCCGAAGAGGCGAAUAGGAGAUCGGCUGCCCCUCCCCAGGAAGUCACAGGAGGCAAUCCAGUUGAAAGAUUUCCUGUCAUGAGAUCAACAGAGGACGACGAUCUGGCCCGUGCAGUCACUUUAUCUCUGAAGACUGCGGAGCUAGAGAAGGCCAUGCGGGAGCGUGUAGGAGCAUCUUCCGAAUCAGCGUUUAUGCAGGAGGAUGAAGAUAUUCCAUCCAUAGACGAUGUAAGGCGACGUGAGAAUUCGAGAAGGCCUGUAUCGCAGAGAAUCGAUUUGGAGCGAAGUGAUUGGAUGGAGGAGGAUGAUCCUGCUAUUGACAUUCCUAUAAGGCCUACUGCUCCUAGUGCUCCGCCCAACCCGUUUGUUCCUGGUCCCUUGAAUCCUUGGGAAGUAACCGAAUAUGGGCUACCAUUAGUAGGCAGACCAAUUGGGCCAGUAAGUCGUGGAAGUGCUCCACGCGUAUCCCAUCCUCCAGAUGUCAGAAAUGUUCCUAUUGAUUGGCGGGACGAUGAUAACAGCCUUCCUCUUCCGACAUAUGGACCGUCAACUCUAAGAAUCGAGGAGCUAGCCGAUGAUGAUACACAACAGCUUCCACCAAGUCAUGCCCAGGCCAUGGUGGAUGAUGAAGUACCUAGUACAGCAUCAUCUGGUUUUAGAACAAUUGGGGAGCAAUCAGGAGCGCGGAGAUAUCCAACUAUGCCUUAUCCAGGAGCAAAUAUGAAUCCCGAUUUCAACCCUAAUGCUCCUCGCAUUGCAGAAGUUCCAGUAAUGAGCAAUGAGGAUGGUAUAGAUAUAGAGGAAGAGAUGCUCCGGGCAGCCAUCGAGGCUUCUCGACGUGAAGCCGAAGAAGCGAAUAGGAGAUCGGCUGCUUCUUCCCAGGAAGUUACAGGAGGCAAUCCAGUCGAAAGAUUUCCUGUCAUGAGAUCAACAGAGGACGACGAUCUGGCCCGUGCAGUUACUUUAUCUUUGAAGACUGCGGAGCUAGAGAAGGCCAUGCGGGAGCGUGUAGGAGCAUCUUCCGACUCAGCGUUUAUGCAGGAGGAUGAAGAUAAUCCAUCCAUAGACGACGUAAGGCGACUUGAUAGUAUGCGAAGAAGGGGAAUUGCGCGUGAUCGGACCGGAAUGGCUCGCGGUGGAGGUACAGAUGUGGGAGCGACCAGCUCUGGUAGGGACAAGGGUAGAGUUUCAGGCAGUAGCAGUGGUGCCAUUGUUAGCAGUGCUCCUGACGACAUCGAAGAAGUGGAGGAACAACCUUUGCUUCGGCGAAGAACAACCAGGCGAUCCACAUCAAUAACGGCUGAACCCAUGGUCGUGCCAGAUGAAGGAGAGGCCCGGGCUCAGAGUGUCCGAGGGGUGACCGACCAGAGGGAUUCAUCUGUUGUUCCUAAUGCUCGUAUCACCAGCUCUGGCGACGAAGGUCCCGCAACCGCUGCAAAUGCACCUAGUCAACACGAUGUUGAUCCUUUUCCAUCAGAUGAGUGGGGAGGAAUAUCAUCCGAAGAACAUGAUGAAGCUGUUAUGCUCGAGGCUGCCCUUUUUGGUGGGCUCCCGGAGGGAUCAGGCUUGGGGCUCCCAUAUCAUGCACGCCGUGGUAUACACACGGACGUGCUCGAUGACAUAGCUGGUGGAGAAAGCGCAGGCCUUAUGGCAGCGUUCAACCGUCGGGGUUUCCCUCAGCCUCCUUCUCCCACAGUUGUAGCUCAGCGGCUUCUUCGUGAGCAACAGGACGACGAAUAUCUUGCAUCGUUGGCAGCAGAUCGGGAAAAAGAAUUGAGAGCCAUUCAGGAAGCUGAGGCACAGCGCGUGAGAGAACAGGAAGCUGCUGCGGCCGCUGAAUCAGAGGAACAGCUUCGUCGAGAAGAAGAAAAAAGACAGAAAGAAGAAGCGGAGGAGUUGGAAAGACAACUUACAGCGAAGAAAGGAAAACUCCCAAUGGAACCCGCAGCGGAUGCUGAAGGUGCUGUAACCUUAGUCGUACGGUUGCCAGAUGGGAGCAGACGUGGACGUAGAUUUCACAAAUCGAACAAGCUCCAAAAUUUGUUCGACUUUAUUGAUGUUGGUGGAGCUGUAAAGCCAGGGAGCUAUAGACUGGUCCGCCAGUUCCCUCGUGUGGCUUUCACAGAUGGCGAACAUGCCUCCUCUUUGGAGUCUCUGGGACUUACGAGUAAACAAGAGGUCCUGCUUUUGGAGUUGAUAUGAAAGUCUGGUUUGAAAGUCAUGGUUCUUCCUUCGAUAUUCGUAUAUUAUAAAUAGAGAGAGAGGUGCAUAGAUUGUCUUCUUACAUUUGUGAUUACACUAAAAAGCGGAACUUUAGGUGCUUCUUGUAGCUCUUGUCAAAGUUUUGCACACAUCGUCAUUAAUAACACUGCUGGCCAUUAUUUGGCAUACACAUUCAUCAUCUCGGUGGUUUGGACCCAAACUCUGUUCAGAAUUGUUUGCUGUUUGUUGGCGCUCCCAAAUAAAGCAACGUGAAGA